AUGUGUAAAUAUAUGACAGAACCAACGAAGCUGUGCACGUCAAAGGUGUUUAUCGACCCAACAAUGUCGGAUCAGCGGAUUAUCAUUAACGUCAGUGGUCUGCGUUUUGAAACACAGAAGACUACGUUGAACCGCUUUCCAAACACAUUACUGGGAUGUCCUCACAGAAGAAACCGGUACUAUGAUGCACUACGCAAUGAGUACUUCUUCGAUCGUAAUAGACCCAGUUUCGACGCAAUUUUGUAUUUUUAUCAAAGUGGUGGACGUCUCCGAAGACCAGUAAAUGUGCCGAUUGAUGUUUUCACGGAAGAGAUCAAAUUUUACGAUCUGGGUGAGGAUGCCUUUGAGAAGUAUCGAGAGGACGAGGGCUUUAUCAAAGAGGAAGUGCAUAUCCUCCCAAAAAACGAGUUUCAGCGAAAAGUUUGGCUACUGUUCGAGUAUCCUGAGAGCUCUACCGCGGCAAGGUUUAUUGCAAUUGUCUCUGUGACAGUUAUCGUGAUAUCAAUAAUAAUUUUUUGUGUUGAAACCCUUCCGAAUUUCCGUCAGUAUGAACUGCGUUAUACGGAGAAUGUCGACACACCUGAAAUUGUGCUAGUUGACACACCAGAUACUUCCGGAGCAUGUUUUGUCAUGGAAUCUUUAUGCAUCAUUUGGUAUACCUUUGAGUUACUUGUCAGGUUUGCAUCCUGUCCACAAAAGUUUGCUUUUUUUCGGCAAAUCAUGAACCUCAUAGACAUAGUGUCCAUCAUCCCAUACGCUAUUACAGUAGGAACAGUUGUGGUGGAGAAUACGAAAGCACAAAAUCAGGCGAUGUCUCUGUCAAUCUUGAGGGUCAUUCGACUAGUCCGAGUUUUCCGAAUAUUCAAAUUGUCUAGACAUUCAAAGGGGUUGCAAGUUCUUGGUCAGACACUGCGGGCCAGUUUCCGUGAGCUUGGACUACUCUCAUUUUUCCUUUUCGUAUGUGUUGUGCUCUUCUCUGCGGCAGUUUACUAUGCAGAGUUCGAUUCAACCGAACAACAAUUUCCAAGUAUUAUUGACGGUUUCUGGUGGGCAGUUGUGACAAUGACGACGGUAGGUUACGGAGAUAUGCGACCCGUUACCAUGUGGGGAAAAAUUGUCGGAUCUAUGUGUGCCAUAGCUGGUGUUUUAACUAUUGCUCUACCGGUACCAGUUAUUGUGUCGAACUUUAACUAUUUCUAUCACCGCGAAUCAGAGACGGAGGAUAAAUCUGUGUACAUCCAUGUAUCAAAUUAUAACAAGGGACUCAGUUCAUCGGAAGAAGAUUCAGCACCACAUGACAGCGAUGCCAAAUUCACCGAAGCGUGCCUCCCCAGAAGCCCAUUUAAAAACAAAUCUUGUAAAGAGCCCACAGAUGAGAAUAUUGCCCCUCAGUCGGGCGGAAAGAAACGCAAACCAGUAGCAGUAUUAUCCUGUAUCGAGGCGCCCGAUGCUUCUUCAUUUGAUGGGACGGAUGCCUCAAGUGAGAAGGCUCCACAGAAAGUUACGACUCGGUCUACAGGAAAUCUAGAGUCUCUUUCCUACAGACAUCAUCAUCAGGAAUUCCAAGAAGUAAUGCAACAACAUGAGCUGCAGGCUCAGCGAUUCAAAGAUAUUUACCCACAGCAAAAUUAUGCGGCACAGGCCAAAAGAGCUUCCAUUCAGAACACGACAUAUGUUGUCGCAGAGCCGGACCGCAAAGACACUUCGCACUCUUCCGUACAAUGA